AUGGGCUUCUCCGCGCUACUGCCGGGCGCCUUGUGCACCUUCGUGCUCUUGCCGCUGCUGCUGCUCCUGGUCGCGGCCAAGCUCUGGGACGUGUACUGCCUGCGGGGCCGCGAUCCCGCCUGCCCCUUGCCCUUGCCCCCUGGCAGCAUGGGGCUGCCUUUCUUCGGGGAGACGCUCCAGCUGGUGCUGCAGCGGCGGAAGUUCCUGCAGAUGAAGCGGAGCAAGUACGGCCACGUCUACAAGACGCACCUCUUCGGGAAGCCCACCGUGCGCGUGAUGGGGGUGGAGAACGUGCGGCUCAUCCUGCUAGGCGAGCACCGGCUGGUGGCCGUGCAGUGGCCGGCCUCGGUGCGCACCAUCUUGGGCGCGGGCUGCCUCUCCAACCUCCACGACGGCCAACACAAACACCGCAAGAAGGUCAUCAUGCGGGCUUUCUCCCGGGAGGCUCUGGAGCAUUACAUCCCCGUCAUCCAGGAGGAGGUGACCGCUUGCCUCAGGCAGUGGGUGCUGGCUAGCAGUGGGGGCGGCGGCGGCUCUUCCUGCCUGCUGGUUUACCCGGAGGUGAAGCGCCUCAUGUUCCGCAUCGCCAUGCGCAUCCUCCUGGGGUUCCGAUCCAGCCAGGCGGACUCGGACAGCGAGCAGCACCUGGUGGAAGCCUUCGAGGAAAUGAUCCGCAACCUUUUCUCCUUGCCAAUCGACGUGCCGUUCUGUGGCUUUUACAAGGGCUUGAGGGCGCGGGCCAUCAUCCACGCCAAGAUCGAGGAGAACAUCCGGGCGAAACUGGCCGGGAAGGAGCCCGCCGACGGCUACAAGGACGCCCUGCAGCUGCUGAUGGAGCACACGCAGAGCGACGGCGAGCAGCUCAGCAUGCAGGAGCUAAAAGAGUCAGCCACUGAGCUGCUUUUUGGUGGACAUGAGACCACUGCCAGCGCUGCUACAUCCUUGAUUAUCUUCCUGGGUCUUCACCACGAAGUGCUGCAAAAAGUGAGACAAGAACUACAAGAGAAGGGAAUACUGAGCAAGUUGAGCCAAGAGAAGCAUUUGGAAAUGGAAAUCUUAGAACAGUUGAAGUACACUUCCUGUGUCAUCAAAGAGACGCUCCGGCUCAGCCCGCCUGUUCCGGGAGGAUUCAGAGUUGCACUCAAGACUUUUGAGUUAAAUGGCUACCAGAUUCCUAAAGGGUGGAAUGUCAUUUAUAGUAUUUCUGACACCCAUGAUGUGGCUGAGCUGUUCAUUGACAAAGAGGAGUUCAAACCUGAUCGUUUCAUGGGUCCUUUCCCUGAGGAUGCCUCACGGUUUAGUUUCAUUCCCUUUGGAGGCGGCUUGAGAAGCUGUGUGGGCAAAGAGUUUGCCAAACUUCUCCUCAAAAUCUUUACUGUCGAGUUGGCACGGAACUGCGAUUGGCAGCUUAUAAAUGGACCACCAACAAUGAAGACAGGCCCAACGGUAUACCCGGAGGACAAUCUACCUACAAAAUUCACAAGUUUUAAUGGUCGAGUCUAAUGAAUUCCAUCAAAAGCAUGUGCAGUGGCCUUUUCUAGUGCCCUAAAUUCAAUAUUGUGUAUUUAACAUUAUGAGCGUGAAAUAGUUAUUUAUGAGUGUGUGUGUGUUUUCCCCACCAUGAUAUUUUUAAAGCAGUUUCACAUAUAAAACUUGUUCUUUUUUUGUACAGCAGGCACUAUAAUUAUGGGUCCUUGGGAU